AUGAGCGCCCCUCCACCAGAAGCAACGCGCUUUAGCGCAGACAUCGAGCUCCGCCCGGUCCGACCGUCUUCGCCAGUCCCCGGUCCCUCCUUACCGUCGACUUCCAAGUCAUCGACUCUGACUCUUCCCAUCGCUACAGACCCGUCUGAUGUCGGCGGUUCCGGGCUGACCGAUCCGCUUAACUCACAAUUCCUCCAUCCUGUCGAUAGAGGAUCCCACGCCUGGCUAUUCCUCCUCGGUGCAACGACAAUAGAGGUUCUGAUAUGGGGAUUACCGUACUCUAUUGGAGUGCUCCAUCUGUUCUGGACCAACACCCUCUUCCCUGGGUAUGGAGCUGCAACUAUUACGCUUGCGGCGACGAUGCAGGCGGGGUUAUUGUACAUGAUGACUGCUGUUUUUGGACCAUUAAUCACCGCCUAUCCUAGAUAUACUAAGAAGAUUCAGAUAGCUGGAGUCGUACUAUCCACGAUUGGGACUGUAGCCUCUGGUCUCGUCACCGAACCAUGGCACCUUGUCAUCACCUUCGGUGUCCUCUACCCCUUCGCGGCCGCCACCUACGUCCCAUGCGCAACGAUCCUCUUCGAAUGGUUUUCCGCAAGACGCGGACUGGCGGCCGGCAUCAUGUACGCCGGAACGGGUGUCGGCGGGACGAUCUUCCCCUUCCUCAUCUCGGGUCUCAUCGGACGAUUCGGCUACAAGGCAGCCAUGAUAUCCCUCGGUAUCGGCUAUGGCGUCCUCUCUAGCAUCGCCCUUAUUCCUAUCAAGCGGCGUAUACCGAUUCCGCGCAGGAGGGGCGGGGACGAGGCUAUUCGGAGGCCGAGGGCGAGCCUGGAGUUCCUCAAGACUAGGCUGGUAUGGAUCGGGUGUGGGAUCAUCGUGGUCAGCAGCGUCGGGAACUUCAUUCCUAGCCUCUGGCUCCCAGCGUUUGCCGACGAUCUGCACGUUUAUCCCAGCGGUACCGGUCUCAUUUCUAUCAUGAAUGCUGCAUCAGUCCCCGGGAAUGCCAUUAUCGGCUCCCUCUCCGACCGCUGGCCCAUCCGGACCGUCAUCCUCCUCAAUUGCAUCGGUACCGCCUUAGCUUGCUUCUUCCUCUGGGGCUUCGGAACGAACGCCGGCCUCCUCGUACCCUUCGUACUGGUCUUCGGGGUAUUGGGACUAGGCUUUGUGAGCGUAUGGACCAGGAUGAUAUCGAUGAUCGCAAAGGAUGAUCCAACUGUCCCAGCCAUGGUCUUCUCCCUCUUUGCAUUCGCCAAGGGUGUCGGAAGUAUGGCGUCCGGACCCAUUGCAGAUCAGCUACUCAAAGUGGACGUCCUCAAGGGCGGGACCGGCGGGUAUGGAGUCAAUAAUUAUGGGAUACUGCUGAUCUUCACUGGUACAGCCAUCUUGCUUGCCGGCGGCAUGGGACUGGCGUUCCGAGAAUCGAGGAAACAGAGCGAAGCGGGUGGCCGCUUGGGCGCCUCAGUCGAGGGAGCACGGUGA